GACUGGAGCCGUGGAGUCAUCAUCAUCCGUCGGUCGCGCAGAGGGUAGAAAUUUGCAGCGUCUGCUCCAGUUUUUGCCAACAAUGACGGCAAGUUGAGAGCGCCUUGGAAGGAACAACUCCGGUCGCGCUUGGCCCUGCAGCUCAGCACAGCGCGAGGCGUCAUCUCACUCUUGCCCUGCGAUUUCGCCAGCGAUAUGCCACAUGCAGUGGCGCAGAAUAACACCCCAAACGCAGAAUAUACCAAUGAUGGCGUCGGUCUAGGCGGAGCAGACACUAACGCGCACGCUGCUCGCACGUGUUCGUGUCACGAGGAAGACAACUCGCAACUGGGGCUCUUCCGUCGUCGCCAAUCCUCGACCAUCCAGCAACAGCAGUCUAAGCUAGCGCAAUACGCCGCCAUGAGGGCCAGUGCUGAAUCCGAGCGGAGCAACCGCAACGAAGAGCCACAGAAUGAUCAGCAGGUGGAGUCACUGCGAAAUCAGCUCGACCGGACGCUCUCUCAAUCGCAACGUGAACAUGCCAACGCCUCUCCAGCACCGCGGAACUCCUCAUCAAACGACUUCCUCGCUGCGCCGAAGCGACUACCUUCUCACCGGGGAGGCUCUCUCGCAGCUGUCAUGAACGGCACCUUGCAAGAGGUUUCUGGUGCCACCAUGGCGCUGAACGAUACUCCAGCCAUUACGCCAUCGACUACGGCGCCGAAUUCUCCAAAGAUACUGGCCAUGUCCAAAGGGCAGGCCCCUACCAGCAACGGCAGCGACAGUCCUAGCCAUCCGAGCCAGUGGAAUCUCGCUCCCCGACGACAGAAUUCGGGCACCUCGACCCCGCGUGUACGGCCUACAACACUCGAUAUCCCUGGCUUGACCAAGAGCAAGGUGUCGCCGGAUGGACGAAUUGCGCAGCGAGAUGUUGGCUCGAAGCUGGUCAUUAUCAUGGUUGGCUUGCCAGCAAGAGGAAAGAGUUAUAUCACAAAGAAGCUGGCCCGAUAUUUGAACUGGCUGCAACACGAUACAAGGAUUUUCAAUGUGGGCGAACGACGUCGCACGGUAGCAGGUGGACCCAACAGUCUAGAGAAGACGAAAAGCCAUCAGAGCCAAGCAGCUCACAGCGAUGACAAACGAGAGAGCAUACAACCUCGACCAUACCCGCAGGGUGAGCGAACCGCACAUCACCCUUCCGUUGCUCAGAUCAUCCUGAACGGCCAAACGAAGAUCGAGCCUCCUCAGACACCGCAGCAGAGUAACGAACCUGGCCAGGCCAACGGCGACCCAUUCGAUGGAAGGCCAGCACCAGAUAGAAAACAGAGCUUGGCAACUGCCGUCCUUUCGAAAGACGUUCCCGAGCAGAAGGCGGAGAAUGGUGACGAGAAUAUGGAACAGAACGCGGCAUUUUUCGAUCCACAGAACAAGAAGGCGUCGCAGAUUCGUGAGCAAGUAGCCCGCGAGACCCUUGAUGAUCUCCUGGAUUACAUCUUGUACGAGAACGGAAGUAUUGGCAUCCUCGAUGCUACAAACAGCACUCUGGCGCGACGCAAGAUGAUAAUGGACCACAUCCGCGAACGUGCUGGCCCACAACUGAAUGUGCUCUUCCUUGAGUCCAAAUGCGUGGAUCAGGAUUUGCUAGAGGCCAACAUGCGUCUGAAGCUACAAGGACCAGACUACCGCGAGAUGGAUCCAACAAUCGCGCUGCAAGAUUUCAAGGCGCGAGUGAGAGAGUACGAAAAGGCAUAUGUGAGUCUAGGCGACUACGAAGAGAAAAUGCACAUGCCUUACAUCCAAAUGAUCGACGUCGGACGCAAGAUCAUUAGUCACCAGAUCAAAGGAUUUCUAAUGGCGCAGGCAAAUUAUUACCUGCUGAACUUCAAUCUGGCACCUCGACAAAUAUGGAUCACUCGUCAUGGUCUUAGUCAGGACAACGUGUCUGGCAAGAUUGGAGGCGACAGUGACCUCGCGCCCGAGGGGCAUAUGUAUGCCAAGUCAUUGCAGAAGUUUAUCGCUGAGAAGCGCAAUGAAUGGGAUAUCAAGCAGAUCGAGAAUCUCAAGAACACACAUUUCCCCCCGCAGCCAGGAGACGUCACACCACCGAACCCUUACUACCAGCCGCAGUCGCCCACUUCAGAGGGCGAUGAAACGAAUUCGAUCCUCACCGAAGCUUCAGCUGUGGGAUAUGAGCCAAAAGCAUUCUGUGUGUGGACUUCGAUGCUGAAGCGAAGCAUCCAGACUGCGCAAUAUUUCGACGACGAGGAGUACGACACAAAGCAAAUGCGCAUGUUGGAUGAGUUGAACGCCGGCGUCAUGGAGGGCCUCACGUACUCGUGUAUAAGCACACAGUACCCGGAGGAGUACCGCAGCCGGAGGGCUGAUAAGUUGCACUACAGAUACCCUGGGCCAGGCGGAGAAGGUUAUUUGGAUAUCAUCAAUCGCCUCCGACCUGUCAUCGUGGAGCUGGAGCGCAUGACUGAUCAUGUACUUCUGGUUGGACACAGGAGUGUUGCUCGUGUGCUCCUGGCCUACUUCCGAGGGCUGAAGCGGGAAGAAGUUGCAGAUCUUGACGUCCCUCUCGGCAUGCUUUAUUGUCUUGAGCCCAAGCCUUACGGCGUCGACUUCAAGGCAUACAAGUGGGACAGAGACACCGAAUGGUUCUACGAGGUGCCCAACUUCCAGUUGCGAAGAGCUGAGGACGACAUGGUGUAGAGUGCCUGUCAACUCAAUCUUUCCAAAUCGGAGGCCACCCUUUCUACCUUGCCUCAGCGCAGAGUACGAUUUACUCUCGGAGGCUAAGCAUAGCUUGCAUAGCGAUACAAUCGGAUGCGUGUAUGAUGCAUUUCCAGCGAUAGAAUCAGGGAAUGAAUGACGACAGAGACGGAUUACAAUCAUGAUUCUUGGUGUACCAUAGAGAGCGAUGGACUUUCGAUUUAGCGAGGCGUUGAGGGUCAACAGAACUGGCUACUAGACGAAUAGAGCUGGCGCGCCAAAUGAUACUAGUU